AUGGCGCCGCAUCGGGGGCGCGGGGAUCGCAAGGGGCCGCGCAAGGACGACGCGCAGAAGCGGGGGGAGGCUGCGCGGCUGGCAGAGGAGGCGCGCAAGCAGCGCGAGGCCGAGGAGCGCGAGCGGCGAAUCCUGGAGCUCGUCAAGACAGUCCAGGACGCGCAACGGGCCGUGGAUGGCCACGCGGCCGACCUGGCAGUACGAGAGGAGCUCCGGGAGGCGAACACGGCCCCCACGCGCCCCACGGACACGGAGCUACGGCAGAGAGAGAGCUCCAUCAAGCGGGCCACGGCCAUCGUGCGCCGCGUGCGCACGGUAGCGGAGGAUUCCGCGGCCGCCGUCUGCAAGGACAUCCGCAGCACGAACCUCAGCAAGUUCGUCAGCGAGGCGGUCGCGGCCGUCGCCGAGCUCGGGUUCCGCGGCAAGGACGCCCCAGCUGUCAUCAAAGUGUGCUCCGCGCUCCACCAAGACUACGCGGACUUCGCAGGCCUGCUCCAGGCGGAGCUGUGCAAGGUCGUCGCGAACAGCUUCAAGGGCCUCGAUCCGAGCGACACCAAGGCCUGGACGCGCUUCCGGCUCGCUGUCAGACUCCUGGUCGACGCUAGCGCGGUCUCAAUACUCCCCUCGAGGACUCCGGCCGUGUCCGCCGUCGUGAAGCUCGCGCGGCCGUCCUUCCAGCCCGCGGAGCGCCCGCUCGCCCUCGCGCAGCUCGCCGUCCUGACCGCCACGCUCAAGUCGUGCUCGGGCACCCUGCUGGCAGGCGCGACGCCCCCCGCCGACCACGUCCCGCCGGACGCGGCCGCGGCAGUCGACGCCCUCGCGAGCGCGCCCGCGGUGAGCGCGGACGUAGACAUGGACGGCGAGGACGGCGGCGGCGAGGCGCGUGGCGCGCCGAACGAGGCAGCUGCCGACGAGAGGGUCCGCAGCACAGCGGAGGGGCUGCGCGGGGCGCUGGAGCGGCGAGCCGAGGUGUGGGAGCGGCGGUGGCGGCUCCCGGAGCAGGAGUCCGGCGCGGUGCAGGCGGCGGUGAACGCGUGCUACGAGGGCGCGGUGGAGGCGCUGCUGCGGGAGCGGCGCUACCUGCGGGGGCGGGAGCUGCGCAACACGCUCAUCAUCACGUCGCGCGGAGACCUCCCGGAGACGGUCGCGGCCAAGUACCGGGAGAUGCGCGGGAUGCUCCUGCAGCUGCAGGGUGCCGUGGAAGCCCUGGCGUCGGUGCUGGGCCGCGACCCGCCCGAGGCCGCGGAGGAGGAGGACCGCAUCGAGACCUCCGAGGGAACGGUGAUCAUCAACCCGCACGCGGGCCGCGCGCCGGCCGGGGACGGGGAUCUGUUUGACGGCGAGGAGCAGCGCUCGUUCUACCGGGACCUGCCGAACCUGGUGCAGAUGGUGCCGUCGGUGAUCGCGGACCUCGAGGAGGCGGGCGAGGCGCCGGUGGAGGACGUGGACGCGGCGAGCGAGGGCGGGGGGCGCGAGGGGGGGAGUGGCGACGAGGGCGACGGCGAGGACGCAGGGGAGGAGGACGCCGCGGACGCGGGCCCGGUGGGCCCGCAGGUGGUCGCGAUGGUGGCGCAGCUGGGCUCGUGCGUCACUGCGGCGCAGUGCGACGAGUGGUGCGCCGCUCUGUGCCGCCUGGGCAACCUGAAACACGCGUGCCGCGUGCUCGCGGUGCAUCUCUCGCGGACCCCGCGGCACAACCCAGAGGUCGCGCAGACGUACGCGCGCGUCGUGGCGUCGCUCGCGCGCAUCCGGCCGAGCCUGAGUCAGCGCGUCCUGGACCUCUUGUUGCAAGCGUUCCGCCGCGUGCUGCGGCGGCGCGGGCCCGACGUGCUCGAAGCGCAGCUCUUCACCGUGCGCAUGAUGGGCGAGCUCGUCAAGUUCGGGGCCUGCCCCGUCGGCGCCGCGUUCGUGUGCCUGCACUCGACGCUGGACGACUUCAAAGGCACCAACGUGGACGCGGCGUGCGCGUUCCUGGAGACCGCGGGGCGGUACCUGGCGCGCAGCCCGGAGUCCGAGCAGCGUCUGCGUGGCGUGGCGGCGCGCAUGCAGAAGCUGAAGGCGUCGAGAGCCGGGAAAGGGAAACACGGGCUCGACGCUAGACAGGUGGCGUUGAUUGACCGCGCGUGCUUCGCCUGCAAGCCCACCGCGAAGGCCUCGCAGCGCUGGGAGCGUCCGCCCGCGAUCCGGGCGUACGUCAGGCACAUCCUGACGCAGGAGCUGACGCGAGCGACGCUGGCCCGCACUGCCGCCACGCUGGCGCGCCUGCCGCGCUCCGAGGAGCACUGGGCGACGGAGUGCGUCCUCGAGGCCGCCGCGACGCGCGCGGACGAGGUCCCGACCGUCGCAGCGCUCGUCAACAAGCUCCAGGCCGCGGACAGCCCCCUAGGCGUCCAGGUCACUGACCGCCUCCUCCAGGCCAUCCGCACCGGGGUUGAGGCGGUGGGCAGUGCCGCCCUGGACCCCGCGGACGGCGCGGCGCAGCGCAGCUCGCUCGGCACGUCGAUGCAGACGAUGCAGGCGCUCCUCCGCCUCCUCGGCGCGUGCCAUGCGCAGCGUUGCAUCGACCUUGGGAUCGUGCCGGACACUCUCCUGCACGUCUGCACCCUCGGCCUGGCGUGCCACGCGUCGGCGCGCACCGCCGAGGCCGAGGGCGCGGCUGCGGCGAAGGAUGCGGCGGCGGAGGAGCCGCCCGCGGUCGACCCCGCCGUCACUGCGAAAGUGCGCAGCUGCGAGCGGGCCGGGCACGCGUUGCUGCGGCUCGGGACCGCGCUGCUGCUCGGGUGCGGAAAGAAGCUCGACAGCGGCGUCGCGGUGAAGCGCGUGUCCGUCGGCGCCGCCGCGUACCAGCUUUUGGUGUUGCGUCUGUCGCCGCUGCCGAUCGCGCUGGGGUUCGACGUGCACGACGUACAGGGGAUGAUGUCGAGCUGGCGCGUGGUGCAGGUGGCGCAGACGGAAGCUGCGUGCCUCGCGCAGCUCAGGAAGCUCGGGGGGCCCCGGGACCGGCCGGCCAACGUCGCCCACGCCGCUGCGGGGCAGGAGGACGCCCUCAGCAGCGACGGCGACGCGGACGGGUCGGGCAGCGACGGCGCGGGCUCGGACCUGGACAGCGAGGACGACGGCGCCGAGGACGCGCCGGAGCGCGCGGGCGGCGCCGAUGCAGCUGCCGACGCAUGCGCUGGCGGCCCGCAACACAGCGACGACGACUCCGACGACGACGAGGACGACGACGAUGACGAGGAGCGCGUGAAGGGGGUCAUGGAUCUCGGGGACGACCUCGGCGACGAGGUGUACCUCACGGCAGAGCGCCAGCGCCGCGCCGCUGCGGCGGCGGACAUCGACGACGAGUUCGAGGCGGAGUGGGCGGCGUUGCGGGCCGACAGCGGCGCGGCCGGGCCCGGGACGGGCGGCGGAGGGCUCGGGGUCCCUUCGGCGUCGACGCUGGCGGCGCCCCCGGCCACGGAGGCCGCGGGGGGGAGUCCCGCAGCGAGCGCGGGCGGCACGCCUGCGGCAGGCGGCACGGUGUCGUUCCGGCUGCUGACGCGCGAGGGCGGGCGCGGGGGCCGCGGGCCGCGGAUCGAGGUGCCGGCGGGGGAGAGGAUGGCGCGGGCGGCGGUGGAGAAGGGCCAGCGGGAGGAGCAGGAGAGGGAGGAGAUUAAACGGAUGGUUCUGAAACAGGCGGCGGCGAUGCAGGAGGAGGAGGAGGGGGCGGGGGCGCGCGGGCGCGGGCGGCGGCCGAUGGUGCUGACGCGGAACUACCGGCAGCUGUGA